GGUUAUUGGAAUGAAAUUCAAAAACAGCCUUUAAUUUCAUACCUGAGAUUCUUCCUCAUUCUUAUUAGUUUCUUUUCACUUGCCAGCUCAGCUUCUUGAAACACAAAACAGAAAGCCAUGGAAAGCAAUAAGCAAUCACAAUUCAAUUGCAGCAAUUUACUUUUUAACACCCUUACCAAAGCCCAGAAACGAUGGCGCAUUGCGUAUUUAACUAUCUACUCUGCUCGAACAAUGCUGUCUCUUGUUAGAGACAUAAUUGCAUCGGAUACGAAUGCUUUUUCUCGUCAUUCUGGUAUCCUGCAUAAUGUUUCCUACACUGUGCUUAAUGCAGAACCAGCUAUAUCCAAAGAAAAUAAACAUAUGCCGGUUUCCCACAUCUCUGAUGUCGAUAAGAAGAGACUUUCGGAACUUGUAAAAGAGAAGGAGUCUGUAACUCUUCGUCAAUUUGAUGGAGUCGAAGGCGUUGCCACUGCUCUUGGGACAAACUUAGAACGUGGAAUCCAUAGUGGCGACGGUGAGGUGAUCAAGCGUCGUGAAAUGUUCGGGUCUAAUACAUACAAUAAGCCGCCACCGAAAGGUCUUUUGUAUUUUGUGUUUGAUGCUUUCAAAGACACCACUAUUCUAAUCCUCUUGGCUUGUGCUGCUCUUGCUCUUGGUUUCGGCAUCAACGAGCAUGGCGGAGAGGAAGGUUGGUAUGAAGGCGGAAGUAUCUUCGUUGCUGUGUUUCUAGUUAUUGUUGUCUCCGCUCUCAGCAACUACAGACAGGAGACACAAUUCGACAAGCUAUCAAAAAUAAGUAGUGAUAUCAAAAUUGAUGUUCUUAGAAAUGGACAUCGACAACAAACCUCCAUAUUUGAUAUUGUCGUAGGAGAUAUUGUGUUUUUGAAAAUCGGGGAUCAAAUUCCAGCCGAUGGAUUGUUCGUUGACGGGCAUUCUUUAGAGGUGGACGAGUCAAGCAUGACAGGAGAAAGCGAUCACGUUGAAGUCGAUUCCAUCAGGAAUCCCUUCUUGAUUUCUGGUUCAAAAGUUGCAGAUGGAUAUGGCCGAAUGCUCGUGACAUCUGUUGGAAUGAACACUAUGUGGGGCGAGAUGAUGAGUUCAAUAACUCGUGAUUCCGGUGAACAAACACCGUUACAGGCGAGGCUCGACAAACUGACCUCUUCUAUUGGGAAAGUUGGACUUUCAGUUGCUUUCCUAGUUCUUGUAGUGAUGUUAGUGCGUUAUUUCACUAAAAACACAGAGGAUGAAAAUGGGGUGACAGAGUACCAAGGCAGCAAAACAUCCACAGGUGAUAUAUUAAACGCUGUUGUCCGCAUAGUAGCUGUCGCCGUCACCAUUGUUGUCGUUGCUAUUCCAGAAGGUUUGCCGUUAGCAGUCACACUAACACUUGCUUACUCUAUGAAGAGAAUGAUGGCUGACCAAGCUAUGGUCAGAAGACUUUCAGCUUGUGAAACAAUGGGUUCAGCCACAGUUAUAUGUACUGACAAAACAGGAACAUUAACAUUAAACCAGAUGAAAGUUACUAAGUUCUGGCUUGGUCAAGAAUCGAUUGACGAAAUUUCUUCUAAGGAAAUUUCUCCAAAAAUACUUGAAUUGUUCCACCAAGCAGUUGGUUUAAACACGACAGGAAGCGUCUACAAACCAGCAUCAGGAUCUGCACCGGAGAUUUCAGGCAGUCCAACUGAGAAGGCUAUCCUUUCAUGGUGUGUUUCUGAUCUAGGGAUGGAUAUGGAAAUAAUUAAGAAAGAUUAUACUAUUCUCCAUGUUGAAACCUUUAAUUCAGAGAAAAAAAGAAGUGGUGUUUCAAUAAAAAGUUUCGCUGAUAAUACCAUUCACGUACACUGGAAAGGAGCAGCUGAGAUGAUACUAGCGAUGUGUUCAGAUUAUUGCGAGAGCAAUGGGAUCGUAAAGUCAAUGGAUGAAGAUGACAGAAGUAAGAUUGGGAAUAUAAUUCAAGGUAUGGCAGCUAGUAGUCUCAGGUGCAUAGCUUUCGCGCACAAGAAGCUGACAGAGGAAGAAAUAAACAAAGAUAACGAUGACAAUACACGCAAAAGGCUAGAAGAAACUGGUCUUACCUUGCUAGGCAUUGUCGGUCUCAAGGAUCCAUGUCGACCAGGAGCCAAGAAAGCUGUGGAAAUUUGCAAAUCCGCAGGUGUCAGAAUAAAAAUGAUAACUGGGGACAAUAUUUUCACAGCAAAAGCAAUAGCUACAGAAUGCGGUAUACUAGAGUUCAAUCACCAACUAGAAACUGGAGUAGUAAUAGAAGGUGUUGAAUUUCGAAACUACACUCAUGAGGAGAGGAUGGAAAAAGUUGAUAAAAUUUGCGUGAUGGCAAGAUCCUCACCUUUUGACAAACUUCUAAUGGUAGAGUGCUUGAAAAAGAGAGGCGAUGUUGUUGCAGUAACAGGAGAUGGCACAAAUGACGCUCCUGCACUAAAAGAAGCCGAUAUAGGACUGUCUAUGGGCAUUCAAGGCACAGAGGUUGCUAAAGAGAGCUCAGAUAUUGUCAUCUUGGACGACAAUUUCGCCUCUGUAGCCACUGUUGUAAGAUGGGGACGAUGUGUCUAUAACAAUAUCCAGAAGUUCAUCCAGUUUCAACUAACCGUCAAUGUUGCAGCUCUAGUCAUCAACUUUAUUGCAGCAGUCUCAGCUGGUGAGGUUCCCCUAACAGCAGUUCAAUUGCUGUGGGUAAACCUGAUAAUGGACACACUUGGAGCUCUAGCCCUCGCUACAGAAAGGCCUACUGAUGAGCUUAUGCAGAGGCCGCCCGUAGGUAGGACUGAGCCUCUCAUAACAAAUAUUAUGUGGAGAAACCUACUAGCUCAAGCUCUUUACCAGAUAUCAAUCCUCCUGACUUUGCAAUUCCAGGGGGAGUCUAUAUUUAAUGUGACUCCAGAGGUAAAUGAUACAAUUAUAUUCAACACUUUCGUGCUUUGCCAAGUAUUCAACGAGUUCAACGCAAGGAAGUUGGAAAAGCAGAAUGUAUUUAAAGGCCUCCACCAAAACCAUCUGUUUCUGGGCAUUAUAGGGAUAACGAUAAUCCUUCAAGUUGUGAUGGUGGAAUUCUUGAAGAAGUUUGCAAGUACGGAGAGGUUGAAUUGGCAACAAUGGUUGGCUUGCAUUGGAAUUGCUGCAGUAUCAUGGCCAAUUGGUUGGGUUGUGAAACUCAUUCCUGUUCCAAAAACGCCAUUCUUCAGUUAUGUGAUGUCAAUGUACAAAAAUGCAAAGCAACAUAUGUGCCAUAGAAAAACCUCCUCCUCCAGGCUUGGAACUGAGAGUGGAAGUGCAUGAAUAUAAAUUGCUGGGACAGCAUAAUCUCCCCAACUAGACUGACGUAGAGGACAUGCCUAUAGUUUAUAUUCAUUGUUGAAAAUUACAACAAGAGGCAAGUCUGUGGUCAAAUAUGAAAGGGAAGAGACAGGGCUGAGCUAUCAACACAUCCAAUGGUUGGUUAAGUCAGCUCAAUUACGGUUCACCGGUUGCACAAAAUGCUCUCUGGCUACCGCUUGAGAGAGUUGUUUCAAUAUAUUCAACCUAUGACCUAAGGAGCAGCUUUAUAACUCCUCCGCAAUCAACAUGGAUAAUUUGGUUGAUAGAAUAAACCAAUGAGCAGAAUGAUAGAGUGAAGCCCCCGCCCCAGAGAAAGCAUUUGUGCAAGAUACCACACAAAGUUUAAGGGCUAAAACGCAGGCUCAGUGCACAUCGAGAGCUACAUACUUUCAUCCCAAUACACAAACUCCUUCCGCUAGUUUUAUGGAGAUAAAAGUUGCAGAAAACGAUACGGGUAACGGGACAAGUCUCGUGACAAUGCUUUAUGCUCGAAUACAGAGCGAAAAAGAAGUACGGUUGCUAAGAUUGCAGCACACAAACACAUGCUUGAUCGAUUGAUGAAUUUCAAUUAUCAAAAUUUAAUUGCCUCCCAGAGAUUAGAUUAGAAUAAGUUCUCCUUCCACUCUGAUCUUUUGUAUACUUAUAUCAUAAGUAAUCUUAUGUUUUUACUCCUAGAGAUAUAUUUUCUGUCUAAUUUCUACCACUUGUCAACAGUUUUUAGCAUCUUUGAUUUCCAAAUUCUAAUGCAAUGCACUACAAUUCUCAA